CAAACAAAUUUCCCCUCAAAUUCUAAAUAACUCCUUUCGGUCACCACUAAUGAGCACCCACAGCAUAGCAUCGGUUCCGGAAACGGUUCAGGUCGCAGUUCGAAUAAGACCGCUGCUACCGUCGGAGAUCCGAAUGGGCUGCCAAACUGUCACCGAGCAGACCGAUCCGGAUGAACCGCGGAUAUGCGUCCGCAGCAGCGAGCAGUUCACUUUCAACCACGUGUUCAAUCCGGGCAGUUGCCAGCGGGAGGUUUACGAGAGGAGUGUCAAAUCGAUUGUGGAGAAGCUGUUGGAGGGGUUCAAUGUCACCAUCCUGGCGUACGGACAGACCGGAUCUGGGAAGACCUACACGAUGGGAACAUCAUUCGAGGGAAAAUAUGAUGACAGUCAGGGGAUCAUACCGAGGACGAUGAUGGACCUGUUCGAUAAGAUCGAAGACUGUGGAGAGUUCCGAAGUGUGGUGACCUGUUCGUUCGUUGAGCUGUAUCAAGAGAAUGUGUACGAUUUGCUAUCGUAUCGGAACAGGUUUGAGAAAAUGGUCGGAAUUAGGGAGGAUGCGACGGGAGUGAUAAUCCCGGGGUUAACGGAAGUUCCUGUGAAUAAUGCCGAGGAAGCACUGCGAUGGAUGAUACAGGGGGCUAGUGCAAGAGCGGUAGCUCCAACUUCUAUGAAUAAGGACUCCAAUCGAAGCCAUACCAUGUUCACGCUAACUGUGAGGAGAAUCAAGCAUCAUCAGAUAGUGACAAUGUCCAAACUACACCUAGUGGAUCUGGCUGGGUCAGAACGAUCGAAGAAAACACGAGCAGUCGGCGAUCGCCUCCGCGAAAGUAUUCAGAUCAACAAGGGCUUACUGGCUCUGGGGAACGUAAUUGCAGCGUUGGGAUCAAAUCAGAACACCAAAGGGUACAUUUCAUACAGAGACUCCAAGCUAACCAGAUUACUGCAGAAUUCUCUCGGCGGUAACUCGAUCACGCUUAUGAUCGCCUGCGUUUCACCCGCUGACUACAACGUGGAUGAAACAUUGAGCACCCUCCGAUAUGCAGACCGGGCUCUCCGGAUUCGCAACAAACCGACCAUCAACGGAGGUGAAAUAAGCAUUCGGGAAGAAAUUGAACGCCUCAAACAAGAGAACCAAGAUCUCCGGAAAGCGCUAGACCAAGCACAAUCCACGCCCACCGUCGUUUCCAAACAUGAUAGAUCCUUCAAGAAACUCCAAGAACAAAUUCGGACCACUAACUCCAAACUACAAAGUGCCGUGAAAAAGUCCAACCAACUGGAAUUCCGAGCGUCACUUGCCGAAGGAACACUGGACAGGAUAGGCAACCUACUGACGCUGACCGACAGUGAUAAGUUCAAACAACGGACCGACGAAAUCUUGGGCCGAUUUCGGAAGGAGAGUCUAUCGUGGAACGUUUCGGAUCAGAAAUCGAAUAAAGUUUAAAUGUUGGUGAUAAAUUGGUGCUCUUAAUAUAUGUCUAUCAAAUUAUCGGGACAAAAAAAAAUUUCCACUUUUCAAAAAAUGUACAACUAGCUGGAAAUUUUCCUAAAGUGCAGCAAGCUAUUAAUGGUUCAGAUAUGGGCAAUAUUGGACUACUAUGCAUGAAGUUACCGCGAAACUACACACUUCAAAACCUAUCCAGGGAUUCCUCAAGAAAUUCCUCCAGGGAUUACUCCAGGAACUCCUCUAAGGAUUUCUCCAGGAAUUGAUCCAGGAAAUCCUACAGGGAUUCUUCCAGAAAUUUCUCCAGGGAUUCCUCCAAGAAUUCCUCCAGAGAUUCAUUCAGGAAUUCCUCCACGGAUUCCUC